AUGUCUUCCCAAAACGUUUUCUCAACAUCGAUUGCCAGAAGAACUCGCAAGGCACCAGCUCCUGAAGCAUCAAAAGGGCCAAACCCAAAAAGAAGAGCUCUUGCUGAUUCUUCGGAAUCGGAGUCGGAAAAGAAUGUUCAGGUAUCAAGACCCAAAAGAGUGUCCGCAAGAUGUGUCACUUCUGAUGAUAGUGAAUAUGACUUUGAAGAUAGCUCAAUUAAGAAGAAACCUGGAAAUAUUCGCAAAACCAAGGAUUCUAAAAAAUAUGUGUCUUCAUCUUCGUCUUCUUCAGAAUUGGAAUCUGACUCUGAUGCUUGGGAUGUCGAGGACCAAACCGACGAUCAGCAAUCGGAAGAAUUCAGUGAUCCAACUAGCUCAAGAAGACAACUGAAAAGAAAGAGAACAUAUAAAAAGAGGACUCAACUCUCUUAUGAGGCAGCGGAACCGAUUUUAAUGGAGCUCUUCCAUCAAAAUCCGCAAUUCCGUGAUUACAGAAAUCCGGAGUUGAGAGAAAAGACACGUUGGCCGAUCCAAAGAGUGAGCAAAUUCUUGAACGACCUCAGAAAAGAGCAUGGGCUUUUGGCUCCUCUCCCGAAAACAGAAGCCGAACUGAUACUGAUGGAAAUUUUUAGGAAGAACCAGUUGUUUUCUGAUUUUAAAAAUAUUAACUUGAAGAGAAAGCUUCGCUGGCCGAGCAAAAAGAUCGAGAGGUGGUUCCUACGACAACGCAACUUGGAGCGUGAAAAACUACGCAAAGAAACAGGAACCCCGUUCGAUGAUGCCAUGGAACGAAUCUUCCAAAAACAACAAUAUUUUAGAAUUCGAACUAAAAAUUUGGAAGUGGUAACUGGAGGCGAUUGGAACAAGAUCUCGAAAUGGCUCAGAAACAAAAGGAGAAAUACGCUGGAGGCGUAUUUCAAAAAGGAAAUUUCGGUCUUACCGACUGAAAUGGCCAAUUUCGAGAGACUUCACCAAAGGUACAAUAAUCCCUUGGGUAUUGAUGCAGUUCGUUUGAUUGAGCAAAGAGAAAAAGUGUGCGGCUAUAAUCUAGCGGACUAUUUGUUGGAGCGAUGGAGAGUGUUGGCUAUGCUUCAAGAACAAGGAAUACACCAAACCUCCCCAGUGAACUGUCAGUUUCUCGAAGAUCAAGAACAUCGACAAGCUUCUCCAUGUGAGGCAAUUGCGGAAAUUGGCGAAAAUGAUCAAGUUGAUGUUGAGAAUCCAGGAGAGGUCCAAAUCAAUGCAGACGAUGAGAUUAGGCAUCAGAGUAUUAAACAGAAGCAGCAACAGAAACUCAACCUCUUCAAUGACGUCAUGGAAAAAGUUUUCCAAGAACGACAAUUCAUUGCAAUUUCUAACGAAGCUUUGGAAAUGAAAACGGGAUACCCUUGGAGCAAGAUUUCAAACUGGCUUAAAACCAAAAGGAGAGAUAUCCUAGAGUCAUACUUUAGAGAGGCAAUUUCUGUUUUACCAACAGAAAUGGCAACCUUUGAGAGAAUUCACCAAAAGUACAAUAGUCCCAUGGGCGCCGAUGCAGUGGCUUUCAUUGAACUGAAAGAAAAUGUGUCCGGCUAUAACUUAUCCGAAUAUUUCGUGGACCGACAGGUUGUGAUGGCUAACAUCCGGAAGGAUAUGGAAGACGUCCACGAAGAACAGGAAGAAGAGGAAUUUGAAAAUGAACAGGAUGCUCAUGAAGAGGAUCACAUUGAGCAGGAUCAUCAUUGGUUCACUCGACAACGCAAGUUGAAGCAGCAGCAGGAACUUGCUGGCUUCGUUGGCAUCAUGGAGACAAUUUUCCAAAAAAAGCAAUUUUUUAGAUUUCGGGUCAAAGCGUUGGAAGAGAAAACGGGACACCCCUGGAAAAAGAUACGGAACUGGCUGAGAAUGAAGAGAAAAGAGACUCUAAAAUCAUUUUUCAAAAAAGAAAUUUCGGUGUUGCCAGAGGAAAUGGCCAAUUUCGAAAGACUUUUCAAGAAGUAUGAAGCAUACACGGACGCCGAUAAAAUUUAUGAGAUUGGAAUGAGAGAAGAUGUAUGCAGCAAUGACGUAGCGGACUACUUUAUAGAACGCUUUAGAGUGUUAAAGGAGCUUCAGGGAGAGACCAAAGAUGGCAAUGUGGAACAGGAAGAGGAAGACGAAUUGCUAAAUGCACAGAACGCUAAUGAAGGGGAUCACAAUGAGCCGGAUUUGGAACACCAGAUGGAUGAAGCGGUUGACUACCAGAUGGAUGAAGCGGCUAAUGAACUUCGAGAAGAGAUGGACAAUCAGUACGAAGAUAGAGAGCAAGAAGAAGAUAAUGAUGUGGAGGGAUUAGUUGAUCAACAAGUGACGAUUAGAGAGGAACUCUCAAUCGAAACAAACCGUCAAAAUGUUGAGCAACAAGGCGGUCAAGCUAGAAUACCAAAGCCCAGACAGAUGAACGAUAGAAGAAGUGCAAGAGAUGAUUACCAAGUCGAACAGAUUUUAGGAAAACUUUUUGAAGAGCAGCAGUUUCUUGGAAGAAACAAAAAAGAGCUGAGAAGGAAAACUGGCUGCAAUGCGAAAUUUAUGUCCGAAUGGUUCAAAAAGAAGAGAAUGGCCAUUCUACGAUGGUUUUUCAAUAAGGAAGUUCCUGCUUUGCCGAAGGAAAUGGCGAAUUUUGAAAGAAUUUUCAAUUCGUAUGAAUUUGAAAAUGUAGAUGCUGCAGAUGUCAUUUUUCGAAUUGAAACAACGGAGAAUAUUUACGGAGACGAUUUUGCUUCGUAUUUAUGCGAGCGGGAAAUGAUAACUGGUGAACUUCAGCAGAAGGUUGGAGAUCAGUUGGAAGGAAAUGAGGAGCGGCUGGAGGAAGGAUUGGUAGCUCAACGUGAACCAAGCAGUCAAAUCGGUGAAGAUGAACAAGGAGUCCAAUCUGGUGUUCCUCAAGAAGCGGUUCAGAUGGAAUUCCGUCUUGAUCAAAUGGAAUUUUACAACCCACAAGAGGCUCCAAUAGAUAAAGAACUUCAUACUCAAGAAAAAGAACCAGUAGCUGUUGAGCCAGAAAUCGAAAAUGAUGACAUCGGAUUCGCAAAUCUACAGGAUGCUUCACACAACGAACAACUUCAUGACCAGCAAGUGGAGGGACCAGUGGCCAAUCAACAAUUUCCCGUAAACAUUAAGCUAGAAAUUCCCGACGUUGACGUCAAAUACGUUGAACACCUGAAAGUUCCAGUAAAGCAAGAGACGCAGGAGCCGAUUGAGAAUGUAGAAGAAGAAGAGGAAGAGGAUGUUGAGCAACUUAUAGUCUUCGAUGUUAUUGAUUUGAAUACGCCUCAGGAUAUAGGAUCAGUCGGGCCUGUGUCCAUUCUCCGAGUGCAGACCAGUUUCGAGGAUCUCCAACCUUUUCUUGGAAAUCUUGUGGGAUUCGCAGAGAUUGGAUAUGCGAGGGAACCCGAUAUGGUGGAGAAUAAAAGAAGUUUGAACUACUUGGAAUCCCUGACACUUCCAUUCAACUGUUCCCUGGAUUAUCUACAGUGGUCGAAGGCCCAGGUAAUGGAGUUCUUCUGCCAGAUCAUCAAACCAGCAACUAUCAGGAACCUCGGGGAGAAGACAUCUCUUGGCAGAAGGACUCGCAAGGCUCCUGCUACUGCAACAUCCAAAGGACUCAAUCCAAAAAGAAGGAAACUUGCGGAUUCUUCAGAAUCGGAGUCUGAAAAGGAUAUUCAUGUACAGAUUUUGGGGACGAAACGGAAGAUGAGCAACCGAAGGAGCCAAGUCAGCCGAGUAGCUCAAAGCGAGAACGAAGAAGAAAGAACGCAGAUAAGAAUGUAA